UGGCUCUUUUCAUUUAUAUUUUCAUCUGUUUUUCGACUAUGGUAUGCUGCUCAUGACACCAAUGGGGUAAAGCAUUUUUGGCCAUCAGAAUGUUAUGAUUGAUGUCAAUUGUUCAAAAUUCUGCUUUUGUUGCCCUUAUUUUGGCAACAGCCUUUGAUUUCAAACUUUGAAACCAAUUCUAAGCCCAAGAAGUUUCUGAUUUCAACCAAAACAGCAUUUUUGAACCCAAUAUGCAAAAAAGUGUUAAGUAAAAGUGAAAAGGUGCAAAUAAAGGUGAAAAGUGCAGAUGUGUAAAAAAGUUGUCGUUAGUGACAAAAUCAUUUGUAUACAAUUUGCCCGUCCUUACUCAUGGGAACUAUCCUGACAGUUUAAUAGCAAAUAAAAGAGUAGGAACUCAAUUUCGGGACAAACUGUAAGCGGAGCAAAUGGGCAAAGGAUAUUCCCGAUGUGGCAACGGAUCAGUUUUGGACUCAUUGAGACGAGGUAGGCACCGUGUUUAUGCAGGUGAAUAUGACCAAUGCAACCAAUAAUUAACACGAUUGCAUCGAUAUUUAUGUCAAAUUCGUCCGAAAUCGCGCCAAAUCUGGCUUUUUAAACAAGCCACUUUUCAAGAAACAAACCAUGUGAACUGAAGAUAGUGUUAGCUUCUGAAAUUGAUAACGCAAUUUGGAAACGUUUUAAGAAAUAUUUUUUAAAAGAAAAUUCCAAAAUCUGAAGAGCAGGAAUGUUGAUUUCCCAUUGAAAUGUUUUCAUUGAAUGUGUUCGUUAUAUUUCUUGUCAUAGAAACGAUGCAUUGAUUUUUUAAUGGACAUUUCACUUUUUGCUUUACGCAAUUUUCGUAAAAGAAACAAGAAUGAUCUGUCCAAGCUAAUGCUUUUAACAUUUGAAUAAUAAUCUUGUCAAAUCAAACAAUUUGAAAAACUUUGAUCAGCCCCUAUUAUUUCGAAGACUUCUCAGGAUUGCGACAUUUUUCAAACACCACGUUAACACAUUCUCGCCAUUACUACCCUGGAGCCAUGGGGAAACACACACUGGCCAAAUUGGUUCUCGCCAAUCUUGUGGUCUUUUGCCAUUCUUACAAUGUUAAUAAAUCUCAAAUAACAACUUUACCACAAGGAGCUUUCACUCAGAUUAUGGAAAAAAGGUUCAUAAGCGUGAUGUCUUGUCUCUCUACUUGUAGUGAGGCCAAUGGUUGCAAUGCUGUGCUCGUUGGUCCCGGUUCUUGCCAAGGUGGAACCGUGGAUUUGACUUACACGGGAUCGGCUUCUGAACCAAUGGAGAACUUCUUAGUAGAACGAGGAGCAACAUGUCGUCACAAAUUCAGGAACAAGUUUGCUUCGUUCCCCAACCAAAUCACGCUGAAUGAUAGACUUGUAUUUGAAGGACCCGCCUAUACAGCUGACACGGCAGAACCAUUUUGCCAAUCAUACGGUUCGUCCUUGGUCACCCUGAAAUCCAGGGAGGAGUCACUUCGUCUGGGCAUUUUCAUGGGGAUGGAAAACCGCGCUCACACUGCAUUACGAAACCUUGAUCAAUCUGGCCCUUGCGAGAAUGACAAUUGUGAUGAGACCAACUUCCGUUGGUUGGAUGGGAGUGUAUUCGAUUUUUCCAAGAAGGCUUUUGACAAAUUUAUUGGUAUUACAGGAACACCAUACAUGAGAUUUCACAGCGACACAAAUGGGGUCAUUCGAAUGACGAAUAUUCAUCAUCCAUCUGUUACGUCGUCAAAGUACUGA